AUGCAUUUCAUAUUCAAAAAAUUAAUUGGCCUGAAGGACUUUGCAAUGAAUUCGACCGAGUCACCAAGUUUGAGUACACAGACGCUUACUGAGCCCUCAGAAAUUGCAACCGUUGGGCAUGGAAAAACUGCAGCGCUCAUAAUCAUCAUGGCAGCGUCCCUCGUCCUGAACGUGCUGGUGAUCGUGGUCAUCUUGCGUAGAAAGACCGCCCUGAGGACAAACCACUCCACGUUAAUCCUGCACAUGACGCUGUCCGAGCUGGGCUUGACCAUUGCCUGCAUGCCACUGACCAUCUUGUCUGUGUUCGAUAAUGGAGCAGUGCUGAAGGGGUCAAGGACACUAUGUAUGGCGAAUGGCUUUACAUCUGUUACCUUCCCAAUCUGCUCCACCAUGCUCCUGUCUAUCGUCUCCAUCGAUCGCUAUUUUGCCAUCUGUAAGGCCGUCCACUACCCCGCCAUUCUCUCUCCCUUCCGUCUGAAGGUCGUGGUGACCUGUGUGUGGAUAUUCUCCGGGCUUUGUGGAAUUUUCCCAUUGUUUGGCUGGUCCAGUUAUGGGUACCACUCCGGAACUUUCCACUGCUCUCCUGACUGGAGCAAUGUCAGCUACCGUGUGACUUGUACCGUCAUUGGUAUCGUGGUACCAAGCACCAUCAUAUUGUUUUGCUACGUGUCAAUCUUUGUUUUUGUCAGACGGAGCUACAGACGGUUAAAUGCCUGGAGGGAUCUCGACCGUGAGGUUCCUAGCUUGAAUAGCCGACCAUCUAGCACCAUGUACUCAAUGCCCAGUAGUUCCAAAAAUUGUAUCUUUUCAAAGAGUAACGACAUAAAAACACAGUUUGCCACAAGGGUCAAGAUGUCUCUCACGGAGAACAAAAGGUUUUUAGAUCCUCCUGCAAAUCAUGUGAUAAAUUUCUUUGGAAAUAAACAGGGUCUGGGACAAGCAAAGUAUGAUGUGAACAAGCGUCGGAUCACUAUCGUUGUUGAACGGUAUGACAGCUGCCACGAUUCAAGUUUAAUGGAAGAGGAAAAAGAUGAGGAGUCUUCGUUUUAUCACUGUGAAGAUAACAACUCUACAGCAGUUCCAUGUGUAACUGCAAAUAAGAAAAAAUCCUGCACAGUCAAAGAGGCCUGGGCUGAAGAGAAAAAGUGUCAGUAUCUCUCAGUACCCAAACGUGACAAGGUUGAGGGACACUAUCCGAGACACAACAGACAUUCAAAUGUAAGAGAAGAAGAAGUUUUCUACAGGGCAGCAGCUAGGAACACACUCUUCACAACACAUAUGUCAGGACAGCCCCUUCAUGCUCCCGAUGAGCAUCAGCAUACGAGAACUAUGUCUGGGAAUCUCAGCAUGUCCAGUAGUACCAGAGAAUCGACCAGGAGCCAAAGUCCUGGGGAAAAUGACUGUCGCAGAGAAAGACAGCAGAAGAUAGAGAGGAGGGUGGCCCUUACUGGUGCCAUACUGAUUCUGACACACUUUGCCUGUUGGUUGCCGUACACCAUCAUAUUUGGUGGAGUGGUGCAGGGUCUCCCUACAUGGGCUGCAACUCUGGUCAUGUGGCUGGCCUACUGUAGCGCUAGUGUCUGUCCUGUGGUCUACGCACUCACUCACAAACAGAUCAUUGCAGCCAUCCAUAGAAUGUGCUCGUGUGAUUUUUUCAACAUGUCCGCUAUGACUGGAAUGCCCUGUACUGAUAAUAUUUCAUCUACACCCAUCACCAAUGGAUCGGCUUGUAACUUCACAACUCCUUCGUUUGCAAGUAACGACAGUGAGACAUCCGCGUUCAAUAGAUGGGUGGCAGUGACCACUCUUGUUAUCAUAAUGGUCGUUUCCGUCGUUCUGAACGGUUUGGUGAUUGUGACGAUGCUGCAAAGAAAGGCGACUUUGAAGAGCAACCAUUCUCUGCUGGUACUGAACAUGGCGUUGUCUGGGUUUGGCCUGAGUGUGAUCUGUGAACCGAUCACCCUGCUGUCUGUGAUUGAUGGAGGGACUGCACUGAAGGACUGGACAGUGUUGUGCAUGAUAAACGGCUUCACAUCAGCUUUCUUCCCGCUCUUGACAACCCUUCUCCUGUCUCUCCUGUCCGUGGAUCGCUAUCUUGUCAUCUGCAGACCCCAGAAAGACGUCCUCUCCCGCUUGCGUCUGAAAAUCACCCUGGCCGUGCUCUGGCUGUUCAGCGCCAUGAUUGGUCUACCUCCAUUGGUCGGCUGGUCCAAGUACGAAUAUCACCGAGGGACAUUCCACUGUUCCCCGGACUGGGCCGUCCUCAGCUACCGCCUGACUUGCAUCUUCCUCGGACUUGUGGUGCCGUCUGCAGCCAUCCUCUACUGUUAUACAUCGAUCUUCAGGUUCGUGAGACAGAAUCAUAGAAAGCUGAACGUAUGGAGGGAGAGAGGUACGGAAGGACGGGGUUCGGCUACAGGACAGACCACUCUCGAGGCUUCUAAGAGACUCUCUAUUCCAAGAAGAUUUUUGAAAGGUAAUUCCACGGCGCCGCUAGAUGAGACGGCGGCUGGCACAGGGAAAACAACUGUUGGGUUACCUAAGGAUCACGAUAUCGAACCUCAACUUAGCUCGUGCCAUUCCAAAGAUGCACCGCAAGGGGGCAAUGUAAGAGAUAACGCCAAAGAACAGAAGGCUACCACAUCGGUUGAGCAAUAUGACAGUCGUCGUCCUGCAAAUCUGAACACAUUCAAGGAAGAAAUGUCUUCGCAGAAAAGUGGAAAUAUCAAGAGUCCACCGAUCUUGACACAACAAAAGAAACUCAGAGAGACCCCGGCGUUCCUCAGAAUUGUCAAGAGCACCAGACAAGGCAGUUUUGACCAGAUCCGCGGGGAGGCGCCGUCGCUGCUGAGAGUGGAGCAGUCCGAAUUCCUGACGGAGGGAUUCCCAAGCCGUACCGUGUACACCACUCAAACUUCCCGGGACACUCUUCUCGUCCCUGGCGGGCAUCGGAGCGGUAACCUGGAAACGUCGCGUAAGAAAGACCGGAAAGACAGAGAAAACCACAAGAUACAAAGGAAGAUAGCUCUAUCGGCCGUGAUCUACAUCGGGAGUCACUUCGCCUGCUGGGGUCCGUACACCGUCAUAGUGGGCGGCGGUGGGUACGGCCUGCCGCUGUGGGUACAGACUCUGGUCAUGUGGCUCGCCUACUCCAGCACUGUCGUCUGUCCCGUGGUCUACGCACUCAACAAUAGGAAAAUCCUGAAAGAAGUUCGGCGGGUCUGUCUGUGUGCAAAAACAACCUGA